ACAAAAUAUGUUAUGUUAUGCAUAUUCAUCUACUUAUUAUUGAAACAAAAAGAAAAAAAUUGUUUCAAUUGUUCCAUAAUCGAUUUAAUUUAUAUAUAAUAUAACGAUUAAAUUUAUAUCUUUUGACAGAAACAUUAAUGUAAGAAAAUUUAUCAUUCAACUAUUCAUGCGGCUCGAUAAAUCAUACUACCUUAUGAAACAUAAUACCAAUAUAUGUUGCUAUAAUUACAGAAUUCAGUAUAAGAUUAAUAUUUCAUGUCAAUGCAUAGGAAAUUCCUACCGUGAAAUCCUUGAUCCUUUAGCGCAUUGUAAUUAUCUGUGCGUGUAUUUGUGUAGCGGGAAACUAACUUAAUCGGUAGAGUUUGCGUGUGCUCCAUGUCACCGAUGUCCCCGUACAAUAAAUCGGAAGGCAAUGGUCUUCCGACUUCGAAAUAUACGGUUUCAGUCUUUCUUUGUACUUCGUUCGAAAUAGAUCAAGAUUAUAAUUGAAUUUUAAUAUCACCAAGAAAUAAAAUAUUAAAUUGAAUUUUAAAUCGAAAUUUGAUAUACGUAUUGUAGAAACAUGAUGAGGCGAAAAAAGCGUGGUUUAGGCUCUACAAGAAAAAUGGCUAAAAAAACAAUACCGACGGCAUUACAAACUGAAAUUUCUAAUAACGAAGAAUGGGAGAAACUUCUCACAAAAACAGGUUUAAUAGUGGUUGAUAUAUAUUCAGAAUGGAGUGGGCCUUGCACAGGAAUGGUAAGCACUCUCAAAAAAAUUAAAAUGGAAAUUGGAGGAGAUGCCUUAAGUUAUGCCACGGCAAAAUGUGAUUAUAUUACGGACUUAGAGCGUUUUCAAGGAAAAAGUGAACCAACGUGGAUGUUCAUACACAAUGGUCGGAUGAUAAACCUUGUAUUUGGUGCUCAAUGCCCACAGUUAUUAAAAGUAUUAACGAUGGAAUUGCAACGAGUACAAAGUGGCGAAGAACAUGAGUUUUCCUUAAGUAUAUCGGAAAGAAGUCCGGAAGAAAUAAAACGAUUAAAAAUUAUUGAAGAAACUAGAAUAGCUAAAGAAGCUGCAAAAAGAUCACGAAAAGAAGCUGAAGCAAAAGGACGAUAUGAAGCCGAAAUGCUGCAUUUAACCACUGUUCUGAGCAAUGAAACUUGCCUUUUACUUUAUCCGUGGGUUUUUAAAGAUGAAGAAGGUCGUAAGAGAGACAAAAAAUCAAGUCCACCAUAUAUAGAAUUAGUUGAAGAAAUAUUAUUAGAAAAUUACACUAUUGAACAAGAAAUUCGAAAACGUCUUAAUGAUGAUAUUCUAGCUACGAUAUUUAAUGAAUCUGAUUACGUAUUAUCACCAAAUGCUAAACAACUGCUUUUAGAUGGAAAAUGUAUGUUCAUGCGAUUAAAAAUUAACGAAACGAAAUCAGAGAUUGAUAUUCAUAAAUAUUUGUUAAAUCUUUUAUUUGGAAAACCGGAAUUACCCAAUAAGGAAACUAUUGUUAGCGAAGAAUAUUACGCUGGUCGACAUCGCCCUGCUUAUAUAACAAACGAAAAUGAAAAUGAAAUUUUUCCAAUUGUAUGGACACCACCAAAUUGCCAAAAUAAGACAAUUGUUUUUCGCACAAUUUUUCCUACAUAUAUUAUCAAUACAUAUCCCUAUGAAGAUAAAACUGCAAAGAUACCUAUAGUACUUUUCAAAUAUGACUAUACAAGAAAGAACGAGCUAAAAAUGGUUUUACAAGAAUUUGAAGAUGAAGUAGUUAAUUUUGGUAUUUUUGAAUCUGAUAAACCACCAGAAGCAAAACUUAUAGCAAAGAGUAUUACAGAUUUUGAAUUGAAUACGAAAGAAAGAACAGGAUAUGAAACAUUUGUAUGUGUUGUAAAAAAAAUAGGAUGUGAAGCAUUUUUAGGAUUUGCUGGUAUUGGACCCUAUCAUGUAAGUGAAAAUCCAGAAAAAGGUACAGAGGAAUCAAAGUUAUACUUUCCGAAUGUUAUUUUUUCUGAAGAAAUACAAUCAGAUGAUGAAGAAAAACCGGAAGAAUUAGAAAAUCCGGAAGAAAACAAAAAUGAGAUAACAUGAAAUUCAAUUGUCAUAUUUAAUAUAAUUUAAUAUUAUAGCGACUUUCAACUUUAUAAUUAAUAAAAAGUGAAGGAAUUAAUAAUAUGUAAAAAUGUUAUUAGGAAGCCAACAUUUAUUUUCCAGCCACCUCAACUUAAUAUAUAAAAAAAUGAAAUAGACAAAAUGCCUAAAUAUUAUAAGUCAUGUUAAGGGUAUGGUACAAUAAAUGAUGGCAAAUAAACAAAAUUUAUUUCUUAUAACCACAGCUUCGCCUACGUCCUCUUGCUCUUUCAAACUUUCGACCUUUAGAGCGUACUAAUGGUUUUGUAUGAGAAUGUGGUACACCAGGUGCAGGUCCAAAGUGUUUCACUGCUUCGCGAGCUUUACGACGACCUUGCAUUAAAACUGUUCGUUUUCCUGUAGGUGCACGUAAUGCUAAUUGAUCAAAACUAAUCAAUUCACCUCCAGCUUUUAAUAUACGAGCUCUAGCUCUUUCAGUAACACGUAAAGCACAAAC